GCCGCGCUCGCCCUAGCCCUAGCCCGGGCGCCGCCCCUGCCCGUGCCCGCCGCGCGGGCCAUGCGGCUCGGGGCCGGAGGCGGCUGGAGGCAGACCGGACGCGCUCUCAGCCCCGCCGGGCGCGGCGCACGUGGGUGCUGAGGGGCGGCGAGGCCGGGCCGGGAAGAUGCUGUUGUCCCUGGUGCUGCACACCUACUCCAUGCGUUACGUGCUGCCCGCCGCCGUGAUGAUGGGCACCGCGCCCACCUACGUGCUGGCCUGGGGCGCCUGGCGCUUGCUCUCCACGCUGCUGCCGGCCCGCUUCUACCGGGAGCUGGAUGACCGGUUCUACACCAUCUACCAGAGCAUGGUGCUCUUCUUCUUCGAGCGCUACACCGGCGUGCAGAUUAUAAUCUAUGGAGAUUUGCCAAAAAAUAAAGAAAAUGUAGUAUAUUUAUCAAAUCAUCAGUGCACAGUUGACUGGAUUAUUGCAGACAUGUUGGCAAUCAGACAGAAUGCUCUUGGGCAUGUCCGAUACGUUUUGAAAGAUGGGUUAAAAUGGCUUCCCUUGUAUGGGUGGUAUUUUUCUCAGCAUGGAGGAAUCUAUGUAAAACGAAGUGCCAGAUUUAAUGAAAAAGAAAUGAGAAACAAGCUGCAGGCCCAGGUGAAAGCUGAGACUCCGAUGUAUCUUGUGAUUUUUCCAGAGGGAACGCGUUACAAUCCAGAGAUGCCAAAAGUCAUUGCAGAUAGUCAGUUAUUUGCUGAUAAAGAAGGGCUUGCAGUAUUAAAACAUGUGCUGACGCCACGUGUAAAGGCAACUUAUGUUGCCAUUGACUCAAUGAAGAAUUACUUAGAUGCAGUUUAUGAUGUUACAGUAGUAUAUGAAGGUACCGUGGACCACAAAGGGCAAAGAAAAGUGGCACCAUCCAUGACUGGCGAUAAUGCUGCCCACUUCUUGUUUACGAUGUCACCUGAAAGUGAGAACAGAAAUUUGCAUAACACUGUUGUAGCCAGCGUUGCAAGAUUUUUACAUGCCAGGUGUGCUAAAGAUUCAUAUGUCCUUUCAUCUUCAACCAUCAUUCCAGAGGACAUGAGUCCAUGCUGAUAACAGGUUCUGCCCAAUAAUGAUCCAAAGCAGUGCAGACUGAUGCAUGUUCACUUUCAUCAUCUGGGUCACAUGCUACCAGCAGAAGUUGAUUUUCCUUUUUAAUGGCUUCGGAUUCUGUAGUUUCUGUAUUGGAGUGUUGCUCUUUUAAGGCUUCUGAAAGCGUGCGCCACACCUCAUCCCUCUCAGAUUUUGGAAGGCACUUCAGAUUCUUAAACGUUUGGUCGAGUGCUGUAGCUAUCUUUAGAAAUCUCACACUGGUACUUUCUUUGCAUUUUGUCAGAUCUGCAAUUAAAGUGUUCUUAAAAUGAACAACAUGUGCUGGGUCAUCAUCCGAGACUGCUAUAAUAUGAAAUACAUGGCAGAAUGUGAGUAAAACAGAGCAGGAGACAUACUAUCUUCCCCCUAGGAGUUCAGUCAAAAUUUAAUUAACACAUUAAUUUUUUUAACGAGCGUCACCAGCAUGGAAGCAUUUCCUCUGGAAUGAUGGCCGAAGCAUAAAGGGGCUGUUUACAUAAACAUAAAGGAAUGUUUAGCAUAUCUGGCACAUAAAUACCUUUCAAUGCCAGCUACAAAAGUGCCAUGCGAAUGCCUGUUCUCACUUUCAGGUGACAUUGUAAAUACGAAGCUGGAAGCAUUAUUUCCUGCAAAUGUAAACAAACUUGUUUGUAUAAAUGACUUGACUGAACAAGAAGUGGGACUGAGUGGACUUGUAGACUCUAAAGUUUCACAUUCUUUUGUUUUUGAGUGCAGUUAUGUAACAAAAAAAAAUCUACAUUUGUAAGUUGC